AUGGCAACGCGGCGAUCAGUAGUUGCGAGAAAGAAAAACGCGAAAGAAAAUAAACAAAGGGGGCUGUCCCGACUAAGAGACGCCACUACGGGGCACAGCUGCUUCACAGCGCUGCCGGAGAGCGACCUGUCCGCCUACUGGCCCUACCUCGUCUACCAAUCGCGCGAGGUGUCUCUGCAGAUGGUCAUCUGGACUGGCAAGUUCGACUCGAGCGACUUGUCGAUCCGGCCGACGCGUGGAUCCCAGCUUGGGCUGGUGCCGACAACGAGGAACUACACGAAGAUGGUUACGCAUGGGCGCAUCGGUCUCUUCUACCAAGAUGAAGCCGGGAAAUUGAUAGCAUUUGAGAACCCACUGAGGACCAAGAUCCCGGAAGGCGAUAAGGAUGCCAAUGCCACUGAUGGUUCGUGGAAUUCAAUGUGGAGAAACGGAACAGAAAACAGAUGGGAGACGUCGACGCCGAAUGCGUUUCAAGACAUUGGCGAGUGGUCCAAGAUAGCAUGCGUGACGCCGCCCAUGUGGACAAAUGCCGAGGAACAGAUGAGGCUAGCAUCCGCAUCUGACCUGACACGAUGCUUCUUCCAGAGAGGCGGCCGGCUAAGGGAGGUGCAGUUCGAUGGGGCGGCGUGGAAGGCCCCGAAGGAGGUGCCGCUCACUUAA